AUGGAAAUAAGCUUCUUAGUUGACCAAUGAUUAGCUAAUUUCUGAUAAUAGAAAAGGAAGCAGAUUGCUUGAGGCUGCUGUUUUCAUUUCCUCACGAGAAGAAGAAGUACAGUGUAGAAGAAAGGCAGACAUAACACUUUGAACCUCUGCCACCAUGGCGAACUGGUUUGUGAAUGAGGGACUCUCCAUCUUCGUCAUUCUGGUAUGGCUGGGGAUGAAUGUCUUCCUCUUUGUCUGGUACUACCUGGUUUAUGAUGUUCCAGUUAAAUUCUUUUAUACUCGAAAACUUCUUGGGUCUGCCCUGGCAUUUGCCCGGGCCCCUGCAGCCUGCCUGAAUUUCAACUGCAUGCUGAUCCUGCUGCCGGUCUGUCGAAAUCUGCUGUCCUUCCUCAGAGGCUCCAGUGCGUGCUGCUCAACAAGAAUUCGAAGGCAAUUAGACAGGAAUCUCACGUUUCAUAAAAUGGUGGCCUGGAUGAUUGCACUUCACACUGCUAUUCACACCAUUGCACAUCUGUUUAAUGUGGAGUGGUGUGUGAACGCCCGUGUCAACAAUUCUGAUCCUUAUUCAAUAGCACUCUCUAACAUUGGAGAUAAGCCCGGUGAAACUUAUCUCAAUUUUGCUCGCAAGAGAAUCAAGAAUCCGGAAGGAGGUCUAUACGUGGCUGUGACUCUGUUGGCAGGCAUCACUGGAAUUGUCAUCACAUUGUGCCUCAUAUUAAUUAUCACCUCCUCUACCAAAACCAUCCGAAGAUCCUACUUUGAAGUGUUUUGGUACACACACCAUCUUUUUGUGAUCUUCUUCAUCGGUCUUGCCAUUCAUGGAGCUCAACGAAUUGUACGUGGACAGACUGCAGAUAGUUUGAAGGUGCACGACCCAAAAGUGUGUUCUCAAAAUAUCUCAGACUGGGGGAAAAUAAAAGAAUGCCCAAUUCCAGAAUUUGCUGGGAACCCUCCUAUGACUUGGAAAUGGAUAGUGGGUCCCAUGUUCCUGUAUCUCUGUGAGAGGUUGGUCCGGUUUUGGCGAUCUCAACAGAAAGUGGUCAUCACAAAGAUGAAGAAGAAGGGAUUCAAGAUGGAGGUGGGACAAUACAUUUUUGUCAAGUGCCCCAAGGUGUCCAAGCUGGAGUGGCAUCCCUUCACACUGACGUCUGCCCCUGAGGAAGACUUCUUUAGCAUCCAUAUCCGCAUUGUUGGGGACUGGACAGAGGGGCUGUUCAAAGCUUGUGGGUGUGAUAAGCAGGAGUUUCAAGAUGCCUGGAAACUACCUAAGAUAGCAGUUGAUGGGCCUUUUGGCACAGCCAGUGAAGAUGUGUUCAGCUACGAGGUGGUGAUGUUGGUGGGAGCAGGGAUUGGGGUUACUCCCUUCGCGUCCAUUCUCAAGUCAGUCUGGUACAAAUAUUGCAAUAACGCCACCAGUCUGAGGCUCAAAAAGAUCUACUUCUACUGGCUAUGCCGGGACACACAUGCCUUUGAGUGGUUUGCAGACCUGCUGCAGCUGCUGGAGACUCAGAUGCAGGAAAGGGACAAUGCCGACUUCCUCAGCUACAACAUCUACCUCACUGGCUGGGAUGAAUCUCAGGCCAACCACUUUGCUGUGCACCAUGACGAGGAGAAAGACGUGAUCACGGGCCUGAAACAAAAGACCUUGUAUGGCCGUCCCAACUGGGAUAAUGAGUUCAAGACAAUUGCAAGUCAACACCCAAAUACAAGAAUAGGAGUUUUCCUCUGUGGACCUGAAGCCUUGGCUGAAACUCUCAGUAAACAGAGCAUCUCCAACUCCGAGUCUGGCCCUCGUGGAGUUCAUUUUAUUUUCAACAAGGAAAACUUCUAACUCAUCUCUUCCACGAGGAAAUAAAUGUGGGUUAUGCUGUCAAAUGCCCAGACAAAUAAUGCUAGUUGAUAAGCCCUGCUCCCCACUUUAAAGAAAGGAGAAAAAGAAACUACAAUGUGAUUUUUUUUUCCCUCAAAGGAAUUUCAGAGAUUGUUUGAUAAUGAUGAGUUACAUUUUUAUGAGGCUUUAUGGCUUCCAGAUCACUUUUACAAACAUUAUUUCAUUUUGGUUUUCCUCACAGUCAUGCCAUGAGGAAGAUAGUGUAGGGAUUCCUGGAUUCAUUUUUAGGAUAAAGACAUGGAGGCUCAAAAUGGCAAAUAACUAGCCUGAGAUUAUAAAGCUGAGACCAGAUCUAGGCCACUUGACCCCAGGUUGAGUAGUCUUUCUAUAAUACUGCCUCAAAAUUGAUUUGUAUACUAUCAAAAGGAAGACACAAACCAGAGAGAAGCUAUUCAUUUUCCAUUUUGUUUUAUUUUGUGUUAUUUUUGUUAUCAUUACUGUCAUAUUGAAGGAAAUUUUCCAGAUAGUUAGAGCUACUAUGUGCUGAGAGUAACUCAACACAUAAUAGAGACAAGAUUGACAUCUGAGUACACUCCUGUUUACCAAUACAGCAGCCUAACUGGAUCAGAGAUUCUUCCUGAAAAAAAGAAUAUAAGGCUGAAUUGGAGUUAAAGUAAUCCACAGAAUUUACCAUGGUGCUUGGCAGAUAGUGGGUACUCAAUGAAAGUUUGUUGAAUGAAUGAAAAAUCCAUUUAGAUGCACACGAUGUCAAGGUAGAAUUAAUAUUAAGCCUUAAACAGAAUUAUCUAAGGAAAUAACUACCUUAGAUUGGAACCUGAUUCUCCUGAGGGUAGAGAACAGGCUAAAAGUCUUAGCCAGUGGGAUGUUCUGGAGGCUCCCUCACAUCCUUAUUUGAAGCUUGGAGGAAAGGGGGAAGGAGGCAGACAAUUGAUCUCCUGACAUAAUUCUGACUGGCUCCUCUAGUCUCACUCCCUGUGCUAUAAAAGAAGUAUAGACUGAUUUACAGCCUGCAAGGGUCUCCUCCACUCAGCUUUUGUGAAUUUGAAAUUAAGAAUUAUGACCAAUGUGUAUCUGAUAUGCUUGUCUGCAUUAAAUAGCGUCCACCUCUUGUCCUACUUAAAUACACACACACAGAAUAGAUCUUACGAUUCUGGCUAAAGGUUUAUUGUUAUCAUGAUCAUAAUCAUCCUGAAGUUGACAUUCUAGAAACUAAAAUCUCCAGCUUAUUCACAGAUAUCGAAUUCACACCAAAAAGAAUGUUCUAGAAAGCCAUGGUUUCAAGAAAUAGUCUCCAAAUCACUGUUAGUGUGACCAGAAGCAGUUUUCUUUUUCUUAGAACUGCCCUAUUUCUGGGAAGUAGAAGCAGUUUCAUUUGUCCCACCCUCUGGGGCCACAGAUAUUUAAAACUAUUAAACCUUGGUAAUGAAGAAGACAAAGAAGAGAGCAGGGGGAAAGACAAAAGUCAGGGUUUGAAAGAAAGGGAAGGGGAAAAGAGAAUAGAAGGAAAAGGAGAAAACGCAAAAAAGACAAAAGGGAAAGUUUUAGGGACAGGGGGUCUCAGGCUGGUCAAUUUCUACCCCAGAUUUCUUAAAGCUUUGUUUGUAUUGAAGGUAAUUGAAAGAUGAAUAUACAUAUUCAUUUUAUUUUGAGUACAUAUGGGAUUGAAUCUUUUAAAUUCUAUUCACAAAUUUUGGUGCUGAGAGGGCAUAUUCAGAAGACUGAGAUGAAUUGGUAAGAACUCAGUUGUUCCUUGUGGUACUACUAUACUUCGGGCUCCCAGGAUUCCCUGGAGGCACUGAGGGUCUCUUGCUGUGGGAAUGUUUUCUCUCCCAAAUAUCCCAGUAGCGUUUCCAACUAGAGAAACCUAGAUCCAUUCUGAUCCCACUGCACCUCAGGUAUCAGGUAUUCAUUCAUUCAACAAAUAUUCAUUCAACAAAUAUUUGUUGUGCUAUUGCUACAAGUCAGGCUCUGUGAUCAUAGUUUCAGUUCUUUACACCAAAGUGUGAGCAAGAGAGGGAACCUCAAUUAUGAGGCAUCUGAGAAUCUUGGUGCUUUCUAAACUACGUAGCAUAAGUACAACCAGCUCCAUUUGUUGCUCUAAAAAUGUCUCUCCAGGGUUUUCUACUUUGACACCAACACAGUUACCAAACUAGAGCUCUGCUGUGUGUUACUCUGGUUGUGAGAUGAAAAAUGAGUGUAAAAGUGCUUGUCAUUAUGAGAAUUCCCUUCUUCAUUCUCCCCAGCUGCCAGCCCAGCUUUUGUUUAGCAUUUAAUUAACAGGUACUGAGAGAACGAUGAAGCAUUGUUUUUAAUCUCAAGGCUAUGAAGGCUUUCUUAGUUUUCCUGCUUUUGCAAUAUUGUGCUUAUGAAAUACAAAUAUUUGAUGUUGUGUAUGAAUAAUUGGGGGUGGGGCCUUGGAAGAUAAUUCCCAGGAAGAAUCAUUAAAACUGUACAACUAUUAAAAUCAA